AUGAAUGGGGUCGACUACAAGCGCUUCGUGCGCUACUUCUACGACCCUCCGCCCAAGCACGAUGAUAUGUCCGGGACAUCAAUAUGGCUGUUAGGGAAAGAAUACACAACCGCACCUCCUAAGCCCGUGACCACAACAGACCACGACGAUGUGGUUGAGGUCGAGUCGUCGACGGACUCCCAGGAUCCUUCAGACGCCAGCGUUUCGACAACACUGGACACACACUCUCAUCCAUUUCACAACACGAGUAGCUUUGAUGACGCCCAGCAUGUAACUGGAGAGAAUAUUCCUUCCCUUUCAAACGAUCCCUCCGACGGUGGAUGGCCCCAUGCGUUCUUGGACGACUUCGAAUCACGGAUAUGGAUGACUUACCGGUGCAAUUUUACACCAAUUCCACGUGCACAGGACCCCUCGUCUAACGCCUCCAUGUCUUUCUCCGUCCGCCUUCGUAAUCUAACUGAGCGUGAGGGUUUCACCAGCGAUACCGGCUGGGGUUGCAUGAUCCGAUCAGGACAAUCUCUUCUCGCAAACACCCUGAUGAUGCUCCAUUUAGGCCGCGAUUGGCGGCGAGAUCAGAUACCCACGUCUCCAUCCACCAGUGGCUCCCCGUCAGAAUCGACUCAGCGUGAAGCGGAGAUUCUCUCGCUCUUCGCCGACUCCCCUGAUGCUCCCUUCUCCAUCCAUCGUUUCGUUCAGCACGGCGCCUCAGCAUGUGGAAAGCACCCAGGCCAAUGGUUCGGCCCUUCAGCAACCGCAUCGUGUAUCAAAGAACUCUCGACGGAGUGCGCUGCAGCGGGCCUGCGAGUCUACGUCACGCCUUCAGCCUCAGAAGUGUAUGAAGACCGGUUCCGGUCCAUUGCGGCAGCUAGCCUCUCAGAUCCUGCGAUUAAGCCUACAUUGAUUCUACUGGGAAUUAGGCUUGGGCUUGAUAGAAUCACGCCCGUGUACCAUGAAGCACUGAAAAGUUCCCUGACCUACCCACAAUCGAUCGGGAUAGCAGGAGGCCGGCCAUCGUCGUCCCACUAUUUUGUCGGUUGUCAGGGUGAUCUCUUCUUCUACCUCGACCCUCAUGAGACACGGCCAGCACUGCCAUACCAUGCCAGUGCGGCAGAAUACUCCGAAGAGGAAAUCGCGACGUGCCAUACGCGCCGCCUCCGGGGGUUGCGGAUUAGCGAGAUGGAUCCGAGCAUGCUAAUUGGGUUCCUGAUCAAAGACGACGCAGACUGGGAGGAUUGGAAGCGGAGGAUCCGAGAGGUCAAAGGCAAGGCGAUUGUCAAUGUUUUUGACAAGGAGCCGCCUGUGCCUGGGGAGACCAAGGAGCGCAAGGAGGCAGUCGACGAGGUCGAGACCUUCGACGAUGAGGACGAUGACGAGACCGUGACCUUGACUGGGGAGGAGGGUGAGCUUGAACGUGAUGCAGAGGCAGGGGGAGACGGAGUCAAGGUCGAAUCACAUCCAAACCAGGACGUUUCAGUCCACGUUUGA